CUGUUUGUCACAUAAUUUCAGUCAUCAGCCACCUGCGGCGCGUCUCCUCCACCUCUGCAAUCGGCCGAGCAACUUUUAAAAGCAACACCGGAGCCUGCUGUUUGGGAACGGAGCCGUUUCUCAGUCAACUGCAGCAGCAAUGAAGAGGAAAAAAGAUAAAGUGAGGGCGUACUCCUCCUGGGGUUGUUUUGUGCUCGUCUGAACCAACCCACCGACAUCCCCACUCUGUCAGGGUGUGGAGGAAGGUGAGGACGGACGCACCUAGCAGCAGAGCCGGGAGCUCCACAGGACAAUAUGCAAAGCGGCUUGAUGCAGUGAUUUCCCCAUGACUCGCCUGGAUCAUCUUGGAGGAGGAAAUCUGCUCCGAUUUCAUCUUACUUUUUUAGAACAAAAGACGGGAAACAAAGAUGCUGGGGAAGGAAAUGAGAUGAAGCAAUAAAAGCAAAUGGAGCAACAGAAGAGAUGAGAAUAAAAGGGAAGAGGUAAUGCCGUGUUUCUCACUGUAUGUGAGGGUGCUGAUGUUUCUAAGUGGAACAUAUGAACUGAAGGUGCAGCGUAGACAUGAAUGUGCGGCAACCAAUCAACUCGCAGCAAUACCCCCGCCCCCCUUCAGCGGUGUUCAUUUUGAAGAUGGAUCUUCUCCCUGGUUGGAGGCGACAGGGUCAUCAGGAGGAUCUGAUCAGCUGAGAAAAACCAUCUUGGAAUUAAAAACAUGAUGGAUGGAUGAAGCUGUGAUCCUGUUUUUCCCUCCAUGUUUGAUGUUAAUACGACUAACGACUUCUUGGGAGGAGCUUCCUCGGUUUAAGACCUAAAACUUAUCUCAGAUGCCGUGCAUGCUUCCAUCACGCCCUAAUGCCUGCCCUGGCUUGGAGUCGUCAUGCGGGAAGAAUAACUAGGCUGCAUUUCUGUGACGUGUAGCCGUGCUGGUUUGGACGCAGAGGAUCGGCAUGUCUGUGGCCAACUACCAGCUGACCGAGGAGCACCUGUGGUGCUGCAUCUGCCUGGACGUGUUCACCAGUCCCGUCACGCUGCCAUGCGGGCACAACUUCUGCAAGAGCUGCAUCCUGGAGCAUCUGAACUCGACCGCUCAGCGGCAGUGCCCCAUGUGCAAGGAGCGGGUGGACAAGAGGCACAAGCUUGGCGUGAACACGUUCAUAUCUGAGCUGGCCGUUCAGUACAGGCAGUCUGCAGGAAGGAAACCAGGAAGCGGCUCACAGCAGCUCGUCGUCACGCCAGGAGUAGCUUCCUGUGCCGCUCCUGUUGGACCUAAACGCCCGUCCUCAAGGUCCUGCCUGCUGUUAGGCGUCACGCUGCUGGCUCUGCUCCUUUUCUUCACAGCUAACUUACAUUUCCACAGAACGCUCAGCGGCAAUGAGAACGCGUCGCUCUUUUCUUUGGCGGAAAGGACGGAGAGCAUCUGCUCCAAGCACCACGAGCCCCUGGAGCUCUACUGCAAGAACGACGAAAUGAGCAUUUGCCAGAGCUGCAGGGCCUCCGGUCACAGCUUCCACCAGGUGGUUCCUGUGAUGGACGAAUAUAAAGAAAAGAGGGCCGAGCUGCAGAAAACGGAGGCCCGGAUCCAGCAGGUGAUCUGGCAGAGACGGCUGAAGAUCCAGGAGCUCAAACACUCCAUGAAGCUCACAGAGGAAGCCGCGCACAGAGAGAUGGCAGACGGCGUUCAGAUUUUCACAUCUCUGAUUCAGACUCUGGAGAAAGCUCAGGCAGAGCUGAUUGGGACGAUUGAGGAGAAGCAGAGGGACAACGACAGGCAGGCCCGGAGUUUCAUCUCUGAGCUGGAGCAGGAGAACUCAAAGCUGAGGAGGAGGCAGGUCCAGCUGGAGCAGCUCUCCCGCUCCAAAGACCCCCUCCUUUUUCUCCUGAGCUUCCCCGCUCUGAACGCCGUCCCAGCCACUAGAGACUGGACCCAGCUGAGGAUCUGCCCGACGAGCUACGAAGGACUGACGAGGACGGCCAUGGUGAGCGCCAUGAAUCAGCUGACCGAGGUCAUCAGAGAAGCCAUGAAGAAGCUGCAGGACGCCGAGACCAAGAACAUCCACCGGUUUGCUGUGGACGUGACCCUGGACCCCGAUACGGCGCAUGCUGCACUCGUCCUGUCCGACGACGGCAAGCGGGUCCACCACGCACACAUCUGGAAGAUCCUCCCCUACCAGUCCAAAAGAUUUGAUCCUGCCAUCAAUGUCCUGGGGAAGCAGGGCUUCUCCUGUGGGAGGUUCCACUACGACGUCCAGGUCAAAGGGAAGACCGCUUGGACUCUUGGAGUUGCCAAAGAAUCGGUCAACAAGAAGGUGGAGCUGAACCUGAACCCAGAAAACGGCUACUGGGCCAUUCGUCUGCAGAACAGAAACGAGUUUGUUGCACUCGCCAGCAGCCCGGUUCCUCUUUCUUUGGGAUAUAAUCCGGAUACGGUGCGCGUGUUUGUGGAUUAUGAAGAGGGCCAGGUAUCGUUUUAUGAUGUUGACGCUGCUGUUCUGCUUUAUUCCUUCACCGGGUGCUCCUUCUCCGAGAAGCUCUAUCCGUUCUUCAGUCCUGGUCCGUACGACGGCGGCAGGAACUCUGCUCCUCUCAUUAUCUCUCCUCUGACUCAGAAUACAUAAAGUUACAGCAUGUAAUUGUAUUUUUGAUUAAAUGGAAAGGUUUGAGUUCUUAAUGUUCUCAGAUGCGUAUAAUAAUAAUGUCAA